CUGUCUGUAGUGACGGUGCUAGAAGAGGAAGGCGAGGAAAACUACAACUCCCAGACGUGAGCGCGGUCGAAUCCGCAGGAUGUCCCGGAUGUAGACCGUUUGAACGCCUGUGGCCGGUAAACGCUGACAAACGCAGGGCGCCCGAAUGUACCAGAAUGGCAAAAUUAGCUUUUAAAUGUAUUGAAUGUACUGAAGACGCCAGCGAACUACACCGAGAUUACAGUAACGGGAUACUGAAGAUUACGAUAUGUAAAUCAUGCGCAAAGCCUGUGGACAAGUACAUCGAAUAUGAUCCCGUCAUUAUUCUGAUAGACGCCAUAUUAUGCAAGAUCCAGGCUUUCAGGCAUAUCCUGUUCAACACGGAAAUAAACAUCCACUGGAAGUUGUGCAUCUUCUGUCUGCUGUGUGAGGCGUAUCUGAGGUGGUCCCAGCUCCAGGGUUCAGAAGUGACCAGUGAUCCUGCUGACAUCAUCAGAUACACUAAAGAAUGGGACUUUUAUGGGAUGUUUGCCCUGGCAGCUCUCGAGCUGGCGGUGUACUGUGUAGGUGUGCUGGCGGUGCUGUGGCCGGUGCAGUGGCUCUACGGCUGCUCGCUGAACUUGGCUCCUCUGCUGAAGGCCCUGCUGCUGUCCUGCUAUGGGAAAGUGCUGUUGAUUCCUGCAGUGAUCUGGGAACAUGAUUAUUCUCCUCUGUGCUUCAGACUCAUCAGACUGUUCGUCCUCACCUCCAACACACAGGCCAUACGGGUGAUUCUGAACUGCAGCAGAAGACUGUCUGUCUUGGCCGUGUUCGGAGGGCUGCUGUUAGAGACGUGUGUGUCUGACAGUUUACACAAGCUGCAGCUGAACUCGCACGACUACCUGCCUGACCUCUACACCUGAACUGAGCCCGUCACGCAGGUUCUGCAGCUUGGUGGUAGCUGCUGAGGACCACUCACCGUCUCCUGAGCCAUUUUGCUGGCCUUCAGCAGUGAGGUGUGAGAUUGUGUCCUCUGUCAGUAACAAACUAUGUGCAUCUUGCCUAUUAAGCAUGUCUGGGAGAGAUUACUGACCGGGACAGUGUCGCCAGUGCCUAAGGGCCCUCUGACUGCCAGAGGAUGGCAGUGCCUGAGGAGCAGUUGGGGGUUAGGUGUCUUGCUCAAGGGCACUUCAGUCAUGGACUGUCAGCCGAGAGGAUCGAACCGGCAACCUUCCGGUCACAGGGCUGGUUCCCCACCCUCCAGUCUUUCAUUAAGUGUGUAUAGCAUGUUCUCCAUCAAUCUGAAGAACCCUUUCUGAGGCCCAGGGCCCUGCAUGUUUUUGUGAUUUCCAUUGCUCUAGCACACCAACCAAACCUGGUAAUUAACUGAAGAGCUGAAUCAGGUGUGCUUGAGCAAAUUGUGCAGGAAUUUCGUCCCUCCAGGACUGGAGUUCCCCACCCCUGACAUAGUCGCAGCAGAAUAUUACUGUUUUUUAAUUUUUAAAAAUUGUUUUUGUUAAAACAAAAAAGAAAUUUGUAUAUAAACACAAAUGUGGACUGUUGUUUAAUCUCACUUUUCAGGUUUGGGGGUUUUCAGAUUAGUUACUUUAUUUCUUGUCAGAGUUCUUGUUUGAGCUUGUGCCCAGGAGCCUUGGAAGACCUUGAUCUGUCACUGAUCUGUAGGUUCAUUGGUUUUGUCUGGAUCACGAUUCGCUAUAACAAUUAAAGCCACUGCUGCUUUACUGGACACAAGCAGGAAAACAAUCCUUCUUAGUUUAGAGAAGCUCAAAAAAGAUGUGGCGCCACAAGAGUUGGACAUCAGCCUUCGCCCUCUGAGCUCAGUAGCGUCAUGUGACAAGUGUAGGAAAAUAUAUUUUUAAAAGGGAAUUUCACCACUUGUUCAGAAUUCCGGCGUGAUUAAGUGGUUAAGACGUAUAAAAAGCCGUUCAGAGUGGUUUGGUGUGAAAUGCUCUGUUCUAGAGAAACUUGGAGUUGGAACUGUUCACACGGGUGGUGAUGGGAACAAGACGUCUGAAGAGUUUAAUGCUUCUAAAAGCAUCUCUCAGAGGAAAUUAUGGCAUGAAAUGGUUCUGAAUACACCGAGUGACGCCGGGGGCAGUAUUUUAUCGUAGUUUAGGCGUAGGAUUUUGGUUUAAAGCGUAUUUUAGAUAUCUGUUUACAUGCAGGGCGUUGUGGGGCAAAAAGAUCCUUGAAAAAAGUGGGUUUUGUUCAGAUUUACCGCUAUUUUCUCAUCCUCAGCAUUACAUAUGAAACUCAGAAGACACACGGACGUUCACUAGUGGUUCUGGAUUGUAAAUUAAAUGGCUAUAUUUGUUUUGUAGAGACGGUGACCCCUGGUUCCCAUCACCACCACUGUAAAGAAUGAACCAUUUCACACUAAAUGAGCCUGAAUGACGACUUCUUCUUAUGACUGUUUACACCUUGCUGAUUGGAUUGUGCAGAGUGCAGGUGAAUGUAAUGAGAUUUUGUUACAAGUCAUUUUGGACAGUUUCUUUAUCCAUCAUAGUGAAAUAGUCAUAAAGGGCAGCUGCUGUGUUGAAAUGGUGUUUUGGUGUAAAUUGGUGGUAAAUUACCAUCUCCGGGGGCUGUUACCGUGGUAACUCAGCUAGCCGUCACCGGGCACAGGCCAAGCUCCGACAUGAACAACAGGAAUGAGGAGCCACCCCUCAGUUGUAUGUGUAAGAAACAGUGAGCAAAGGCACGUUUGCGUAAUCUCUGUUGCAGGGAGGGAGGAAAACAGCACCAGCCUGGCCUGUUACAUACGUCAGUGUCUUCCCAGCGUCCUCUGCCUGUUUACGCAGUGUUCCAGGGAGCUGCUGCACAUUCCUGAGGUCAUUUGUCAAAUUCUUGCCAAUUAGCUCCACUCAGCUCACCUAAACACACUGCAGGCCCACGUUCAGUGACCGUUGCCAUCCGAAAGUGAUUUCUGGACGUUGAAUAAAAUCUUCAUAAAGA